GUUGCAGACUGUUAGCAACGGGGUUUGAAAUGAAAUUAAAAGCUAUUUAAUUUUUAAAACAGUAAUUGUGUUUGUGCUGUAGAAAAGAAACCCUGUUGUGUUUGGGUGGAUGCAUAAGAAGUUGUUAGGCGUUCCUCUUUCCCGUAAUACCAGCGGCGUGCGGGAAGUGCGGAGUCAGCUGCUUCAAAACGCCGCCAGCGGAUAAAAAGCCCAUUUGUCUCCAGGAAGUGCGGUGAGAAGGUGGGGAGACGUCCUGCAGCAAUCAUGUCAGGCUGUCUGGAGCGUUAUGGGAAUAUACUGAAUGUUGACACAACUGGAGCUUCAGAGGCAACUGCGAAACCAGAAGGUCUGAGCUAUGCAGGAGUUCCUGCCUCAGAGAAGAUUGCAGAAAAAGAUUUGAAGAACAUGCAGAAAUACCAAGCCAAGAUUACAAAAAUUGGCAACAGCAAGUGUGUUGAUCCAGCUGUGAUUGCUGGUAUUAUCUCUCGAGAGUCACAUGCUGGUACAGUGCUGAAUGACGGAUGGGGUGACCAUGGAAAUGCAUUCGGUUUAAUGCAGGUUGACAAACGGUACCAUAAGAUUGUUGGAUCGUGGGACAGUGAAGAGCACUUAGCACAAGGCACAGAGAUUUUAUGCGGGAUGAUAAAUGAAAUCCAGAGGAAAUUCCCAACUUGGACAAAGGAACAGCAGCUCAAAGGUGGGAUCUCAGCCUAUAAUGCGGGAGCUAACAACAUCCGGAGCUAUGACAGAAUGGACAUUGGCACAACACACAACGACUACGCCAAUGAUGUGGUUGCAAGAGCCAAGUUUUAUAAGAGAAAUGGAUACUGAGAUAUCUGAGUGAUAAGAUUUGAGUCACUGAUUUCAUACUUUGCUUUUAACUAAAAAUAUCCUAUACUUUUCCCCCAGAAACAGUAAGAAUGGGGGAGGAUAAUGAAGCCAGAAACAAGUGCAAGCUCUCUCUUUUUUUUUUUUUUUUUUGGCUAAGGCUAAAAAAAUAACUCUAAAAGAUAACACUGCUAAUAAUCCAAACUA